AGUGACGAUCCGCGGAUCGGGGCUGCCCUGUCGGCCCGCGGAUCGGGGCUGCCCUGUCGGCCCGCGGAUCGGGGCUGCCCUGUCGGCCCGCGGAUCGGGGCUGCCCUGACGACCCGCGGAUCGGGGCUGCCCUGUCGGCCCGCGGAUCGGGGCUGUCCUGUCGGCCCGCGGAUCGGGGCUGCCCUGACAGUGACGACCCGCGGAUCGGGGCUGCCCUGUCGGCCCGCGGAUCGGACGCGGCUGACCGACGACACCCGACGGGUCGACCGAGGGGAGUCGCCGUCCGCCGGCGACUAGCUGUGGGGAGUCGGCGCCCGCCGCCGACCAGCUGUGGGGAGUCGCCGUCCGCCGCCGACUAACCGCCUGACUGAACAGACGCUGCAGCGAGCUGUCGCCCGCCCUCUGAACCAGAAGAGCACAGCGGCAGCGGCGGAGUGACAGUGCCGCCAGGUGGGACAGCUCGGUGGGACAGCUCCGUGGGACAGCUCCGUGGGACAGCUCCGUGGGACGGGACAGCUCCGUGGGACGGGACAGCUCCGUGGGACAGCUCGGUGGAGAACCAGGCUUGCAGUGUCGUGUGGCGACGUUCUGAGCUUGCGUUGGCGAUGCUGGUUCGGUGGCGAGCGGUGGGUCCGGCCGGCGCUCAAAGAGGUCUGCUGGCAGCCGUCGCCGCGACUCUGGCGCUGCUCGGGCUGUACCGGACACCAGUGGGCCCGCGUCCACUGCCGUCCCGCCCCGCUCCGCCCGUCAGAGGCGGCCACGGCCUCCCGCACAGCCAGCAGCUGUGGAAUCAGUGUCGGAACGUGCUGCUCAUGAGCCAACUCCAGUUCCCCUGGGAAAGGGGCGACCGCCAUCAGCGGUGCAAGAAAGCCCAGUGGUCGGUCGCUGAAGCACUGGAGGGUGUCCGCAAACUACAGCAGUCGCGGCCCGACAGACGAGCGGUCAGGAUCGUCUUCAUAGGAGACAGCAGGGUGCGCAACCUGCACUCGACCCUGGUGAAGGAGCUCGGCCUGAGGCCGGACAACGCCAGUACGGUGCCGAUGUUCUACAACGAGGUGUUCCACCCGCGUGAGCAGCUGCGGCGUGCCGUGCCGCCGCAGCAGCGCCUGCCCGGCCUCCGAGCCGGCUGUACCGAGGUGGAUGUGAUGCGGCCAGACGGCCAGGACCGCGUGCGCUGCUCGCUGGCCGCCGGCGCCGCCAGUCUGCGCAGCGAGUUCUGGUGGCGGCCCUACCUGGAGCGCCGCUCGGCCGCCCUGCUGGACUCGCUGAUCGCUGAGUGCGAGGCGGGCCGCUGCCCAGACCUGGUGGUUAUCGACAGCGGUCCGUGGUACGCCCGAGUGGCUCGGUACAGUGGAGACCCCACCACGGAGAGGGUGUUUGUGUUCCGCGCGGAGCUGGCGGCGGCGGCCGGGCGGCUGGCGCGGCUGGCGGACGCCACUCGGCUCCUCUGGAAGCUGGACGAACAGUACAUGCCCGAGGUGGCCUACGGACGCAAGAUGAACGUCACCGGGGCCAUGAUGGUGCUGUCGAGCGUGGUGCACGAGACGGCGGCGCGCAUCCCUCGGCUGUCGGCCUGGUCCAGCGGGCUGGCCGAGACGACGCACUUUUACCACCAGGUGUGCCUGCCGCACGGCCGUCAGCUGCGCCAAUUCACAUAUAGUCCGGUGAGGCACGAGUGCCUGGACCCAAUGCACGUCGGACACACAGUGCGCUGGAAAAUGAUCCAAACCCUAUUCAAUGUGCUGUUUUUCAAUGUAGUCGCACCCACUCAAGGACUGUGCUGUGGCGCGUAACAAAACGACCAUUUCUAAGCCGUUAAAUCGUGUUUGCCAUCGAUCGUGUUAAGCCCGACAUUCCAAAAGGUACUUGCUACUCUCAUCAGCUGGAAAUUUUGUGGGACCAAGGACGAGCGAUACUCCUACAAAUAAAAAAACUUCUCACUCGCUAUAUCUUCACUUUUCUCCUUUUACUAAGGCAUUACAAUAUACUUACAGUCAAGGUA